CGUUUAAAAGGACUGCGGUUUGUUUUCACGGAACUACUUUCGUGUUCAUCCGAGUACGGAGUAGUAGUUCUUAACCGACUAUUUUAACGCUUAUUUAACUAUUGUUUUGCUAACGGAAUUAAUAAUGUCCAAUUUUAAAACCCACAAGUUAUUGUUUAUAUGAAUUGCUUUCAGUUUUUUAGGAAAACCGAAAGCAGUAAGCCCCAGUUUUCGCCACCGAUUCGAUGUGCGGCCUUUUCUUUUUCAUGGCCGUCCGCCAUCUUGAAUUUUAAUGUUGAUUUUUUAAGUCUAUGCCAAGUUAGAUAUGUUUAUUAUUAUUUUUUAAGGAUUUUAAUUACUCUGAAUUUGGAUCACAGUGGAAGAUUCACGUCCGAUUCGCCAUGGCAGCCAACGACUAAAUGACCCAGGAAACAUCUGUACACCUGUAUCCUAAACAAAACGCAGAGGACCAUGAAUAUUCACGAUUAUGCAAAUUAGGACACGCCCACACGCCGGCCUUCAUUUUGGAACACAGAGACUCGAUGCGACUAACGCGGGCGAUCUGCGGGUAUGAAGUGGAUGGGAGAAUCCAAGAAGAACAUGGUAGUAAAUGGCAGACGACAUCAUGGCAGCAGGUUCAGCGAACAGCCAGGGGGCCAAAGCCGCACUCAGCAUCUGCGUCACAGCAAGAACUCACUCAGCAGCCGGAGAUGCAGCCGCCGUUUCAACGGUGGUCCGAUGGAGGUGGAAAGGCGUCACGUGCCGUCAUCAGGAAUGACCGCAAAGGAGCUGUGUGAGAACGACGAUCUGACCACGAGCCUCAUCCUCGAUCCUUACCUUGGCUUUCAAACCCAUAAGAUGAACACCAGAUUUCGACCCAUCAAAGGAAGACAGGACGAGCUGAAGGAGAUCAUCGAGAGUUUUAAAAAACACAGUGACCUGGAGAAAGCUUUCGAAGCUCUGACUUGUGGAGAUUCCUCCCGAAAUCAUCUUCUGUCCAAGACUAAGGCUCAGGAGAAGCUUUUCAAGCAGCACGUGUUCGUUUAUCUGCGCAUGUUUGCCAGCGACAGCGGGUUCGAGAUUCUGCCAUGCAACCGAUACUCGUCCGAGCAAAACGGAGCCAAAAUCGUGGCAACUAAAGAAUGGAAGAGGAACGAUAAGAUCGAGCACCUGGUGGGUUGCAUCGCCGAGCUGUCAGCUAGUGAGGAGAACAUGUUACUGCGCCACGGAGAGAACGACUUCAGUGUCAUGUACUCCACUCGCAAAAACUGCGCACAGCUCUGGCUCGGACCCGCCGCUUUCAUCAACCACGAUUGUCGGCCGAAUUGCAAGUUUGUAUCAACCGGGCGCGACACGGCUUGCGUCAAAGUUCUCCGAGAUAUCGAACCCGGGGAAGAAAUUUCCUGUUACUAUGGCGAUGGCUUCUUCGGAGAAAACAACGAAUUUUGCGAGUGCUACACAUGCGAAAGACGUGGCACCGGUGCUUUCAAAUCAAAAAUUGGACUUCCCGCGGCAGUCCCCGUCAUCAACAGCAAAUACGGCCUGAGGGAGACCGACCGGCGACUCAACAGGCUGAAGAAGCUGGAAGAAGCGAGUCAGAACUCCGACGUCCGGUCCGUCGGGUCUAACACAGACGCAGACACUCAGGAUUCACCAAAAACACACUCAUUGUCUAGGAAAAGAAUGCCAGCUAGCACGAGGGUAAAAACCAGGAGUCAUGAUGGACAGUCUCUCUCUAGAGCUUACACAUCUACCUCACCUUCCAAACAAAGUCAAGCUAAUAACAGGGUACCAAAGAGACUGAAAUCCAAACCCUCCAAGCCUUCGCUCACGAACCUGAGGUUACGGAGCCAAAGCCGAGGGUCAGAGGCGAAGACCUCCGCUAAAGAGCCGAAAGCCGCGCUCUGCAGGGACGUCCGCGUGAAAAAAGAAAAGGACUCGCUUAGAACAUUUAACUCGACCGGAUCGAGAGACUGCAUUACACAGCACAUCGCGAAGGAAAACAAUCAACCCUCUUUAAAAUGUCCCGCGGAACCCGAGAGCUGCACGUACAGGACUCGAAGGUCAACCAGGACUUUGCAUAAGGCGCAGGAAGUGGACGGCGUUAACGGUGAACAAAGCACUUUCCAAGGCCAAACCCCGGUCAUCAAAACGGAGCCAGCAGACAUGGAGGAAUACCUCUCUCACGGCUUGAGCUCGGACCAGAAAACGCCGGACGACGUCUACGUCAGGAGAGCGUCUAACUCCCAGCGUCACCAGUUCACUCCACUCCAUCUGGACAGGAGGAUAAAAAGCGAGAACGAGCACAGCGAAUCUUUCACGCCGAGGUUCAUGCAAAGUCCCAGCGUCAAGGACGUGCUCCUGGGGUUCCCCGAAAGGCCUCGGCACUGCGGUUCCUCCAGAAAGGACAAGUCUAAAGGAGGCAGCCGGAGUUUGGGAAAAGGAAAGAAAAAGGACAGGAUUCCGCACUACGACGCAGUGAUUCUGGACAGCAGCACGGGUAUUCCCAAGCUGACCCUGCGCAGACGGAGGGACAGUGGCGAGACCAGACAGGCUCACGUGAACUCCUCGAAGAUCAGCAUCAAGCUCGGGAAAGAGCACGAGCGAGCCGAGGGAAGCUCUUACGGAGCCAGGUUCAACAACGGCUUCAGUUCCACGUCACGAUCUGGCUCCGGCAAACUGAAGAUCCAGCUGAAGCGCGAGGACAGCGAGCGCCUGGUCGCGCAGACGUUUCUCAACAACAACCACAGGAGCAAGCGUACGGAUCAGCAGCCUUCAUCGGAGGAGGAGGAGGAAGAGGAGGAGGACGAUGACGACGACGACGACGAUUACGAGGACGAUUUCAUCCCGCUUCCACAAGCAAAACGUCUCCGGCUCAUCCUCGGCAAAGAUUCCAUAGACAUAGAUAUCACCUCCAGGAGGAGAGAGGAUCAGUCGCUGAGGCUCAACGCAUAAGCUCACCUUCAGACUCACAUGUACAUAAACUUCAGGUUAACUCUGAUCAUGUCACUGAAAAGAAAAACAGAUUAAUUAAACCAAUAACUUGA